AGGCGGGCAAGGCGGCAAGCGCACGUAAGAAUAAUGAGAAGGACCCUGAACGUAGGGUCAUUGCCCUGGCUGAAAACUCAGGAUGGCUCCACUGAAGUUGUGUGCGAAUAUUUCGUGGCUGUUCACGGAGCUCCCAGAUUUCAGUCAGAGAAUAUACGCGGCUGCCUCGGCUGGCUUUCAGGCGGUGGAGGCAGCCUGGCUCUACGACUCCGACCUGCAGGAGCUUCAGAGAGCCAGAGAGGCUACAGGAGUGGAGGUAGUCCUCAUCAACACCCCGCCUGGAAAUACUAAGAAGGGUGAACUUGGUUUGGGAGCAGUUCCAGGCAGAGAGGCAGAGUUCAGACAGGGUCUGGAUCAGGCUCUGAAGUAUGCCAGAGCGUUGAACUGUACAAGGAUCCACCUGAUGGCAGGGAGGGUUCCUGGGGGCUCACACAGAACAGCGGUUGCCAAGGAGAUGGAAUCCAUCUUUGUGCAGAAUCUAAACUAUGCUGCUGAUAUCCUAUCAAAGGAAGGAAUCACUGGUUUGAUUGAACCAAUCAACACAAGGAUUACAGAUCCCAGGUAUUUUCUGGACUCCCCUCAUCAGGCUGCCGCAAUACUAGAGAAGGUUGGAAAGCCAAAUAUAAAACUGCAAAUGGAUGUCUUUCAUUGGCAAAUAAUGGAUGGAAACCUGACACAAAACAUACACAAGUAUUUUCCCAUAAUUGGUCAUGUUCAGAUUGCACAGGUUCCAGGCAGGAAUGAGCCUGACAGUGCCGGAGAGCUCAACUACAGCUACCUGUUCAGCAUGCUGGAAAACCUUGACUACCAGGGAUACAUAGGCUGUGAAUACAAGCCGCUAUGCUCCACAAAGGAGGGCCUGGGUUGGAUCAAAGAUUACUGCACACACAGCAAGUGAUUCCAGUGGCCAAUCACACCCAUGCAAUUUAAAUCCAAGUUUGUGCUGUGAUGUAGGGACCUGUCAUACUGAAUAUUUCAGUGUUUAAAUGACAAAUUCCAAUCUAAAUGCCAUGAUUAAAUGACCAGUGAUUCUAUUAGUCAUUUAUUUCUUUCACUUAUACUAUCCCCAACUAACAUUCAAUUGGUACAUUUUUACUGUCUGUAUACCUGAAGCCCAGAAGGCAGCAAGAUUGUCCAAUAUAACUGCCUUUAUAACGUGAAAGAGAAGACUGGCUGAGGCCGACAUAAAGGGCAUUACAGUAAUCUAAUCGUGAACUGAUGAAUGCAUGAAUUGCCUUCUCAAGGUCCUGCCGACUGAGAAAAGGCUUCACUGUGGCCAAGAGAUGGCACUGGAAAAAGCUUGUUCUAACAACAGAACUAAUCUGUUUAUCGAAUUUCAAACAAUUGUUAAAUGUUACCCCAAGAAAAGGGGGCUAGAGUGCUACAGUUUGUUGCAAUAACAUUCGACAUAGGUGAAGUGCCAAACAAAAUACAUUCAGUUUUGCUGUCGUUGAGGUGCAGAAAGUUUCAUGCCAGCCACUGCUUUACGUCACUAAUACAGUCCAGUAACUUAUUAAAUGCAGUACUUUCAUUGGGUUUCAUGGGCAAAUAAAUCUGUAAAUCAUCUGCAUAAAAAUGGAAAGACA